AUGGUUUUAGACGAUCGCGGACGCGUGCUGGACGCUGACGGCGCGGAGGUUUUCGCGCCGUCGGUGUUCUCCGGCGUGGCAGUGCGACGAAUCGCGUUGGGCGGGAAGCACGGCGUCUUCGUCACCGAAAAUGCCGAGGCUUGGACGUUCGGUUGGAAUUUGUACGGGCAGUGCGGACUCGGUGUGAGCUCCAAUGACGUACCGUCACCGACGGCCGUGCGUUCGUUCUCAGCGGUCGGCGUUCGCAUCUCGGACGCGUCGUGCGGCGACGCCUUCACGAUUUUCGUCGCCGACGGCGGCGACCUCGGCGCGUCGCUCUACGCCUGCGGCACCAACCGCGACGGACAGCUCGGAACCGAGGACUGUGAAAUCGGCGCCAGCACCGCCACGCCGCGACUCGUCGCGCUCGAGAACGCCCCCUCGAUGGUCCGGUGCGGCGCCCGCCACUGCGCCGCCGCCUGCGCCGACGGCGUCUAUCUCUGGGGCGCGAACGACCAAGGGCAAUGCGGCGCCGCCGCCGCCGACGCCGUCGUGCCUCGACCCAGGCGUUUCGAACGCGUAGAUUUAGCGUCGAAUCGCGUCGUCGCGCUCGCGUGCGGGGCGUCGCACGUCGCGAUCCUCGUCGCCGCCGAGUCGCCGCCGCAGAGCCCCGACGAUAAAUAA